CGGCCAAGUCGUAUUACAAAUACUGCGUAGCCCUAGACAAAAUCUUGCGGAGCGGAUACGGUAGUGGAAGCAAAGCGGGAAACUUGUAUUGGCGGUGGUGAGAGCGGUGCCUUCUCAUGGCUCACAAUUCUGGUUGGGUUUGCUCUUACUACUUGCAGGGCAACUGCCGUUUCGGUGAUAGAUGCUGGUAUGAGCAUCCACACGGUGGCAGAGCCAGCCAGGCCUUUGCCCAAAACUCAGGCCCCAGCAGAAGAGGAGCACGGGGUGGACAGCACCAUUAUUCUGUUAGCUUGCAGGCAUUUAAUUACUCAAAAUCAUCUAAGUGGAAAACCAACAAAGAUCCCAGAUCCUCAAAUUUUUCUCAGAAUAGAUUUGCUGCAUUAGAUUCAAGUGAACAUUUGACUAACAAUACUACACCUGAGGAAGAAAAACUUAAUGAAAUAAUAAUGAAAGACAUGGAGAUUUGGGAAUCUUCUGGACAAUGGAUGUUUUCCUCCUAUUCACCAAUGAAAGAAAAACCUAAUAUUUCAGGUUUCUCUGACUUUCUGCCAGAAGAGUUGCGUCUUGUGUAUUAUAACUGUAAAGCAAACAAUAACACACAAGUUUAUGUCAAUUCAGUCCAGCAGCUAGUUAUUCAGUGGAAAAAUAGAUUGCAUGAAUUGAAGAAUGCAACUCCCUCUACUAAAACUACAAUGGAAUUGAAGAAUGUGACUAGUCACCAAUCUCCUCCAUUUGGGUUUGGACAACAGCAGACGCUACCUUCUAGAACAUCAAGCUUUCCUACGGAUGCAUGGAAUACUGUUCAGGCCUUUUCUUUCAAAUCUCCUGAAUCUGCUGCUGUCUCAUCUGUAAGCCACACAGAUAUCCAAGGUGCUGCACUUCCUUCAGCUGCUCCUCCUACAGUUGGCUUUAAUAAUAUGUCAGAUUCUUCAGCAAGUUCCUUUUCAUUUAAUAUGGGUACAACAUCGGAUGGAAUUGGAAUACCUACAUUUUCUGGAUUUGGAAAACCCUUUUCUGCAAAUUUUUCACCAGACACCACACCUGCAACAGUAUUUGGAAAAGCAAUUGCGCCUCCUGGUUUCAAUUCUACAUAUACACUCUUUGGAGAAUCAGCACAUUCUCUUCCCAGUAAUAUUGCAGUAACAUCCCCAGCAAUUCCAACUUUUGGCUCUUCAGAAGAAUUAUUUACUUCCCAGCUUCGACUGUCUACAGAAGAAUUAAGACAGUUCAAAGGUGUAAAAUUCAUUUUGGGGAAAGUCCCAUUAAGACCGCCACCCAUGGAAUUUCUUAAUAUGUAGCACGUGGCUACAGAUGCUCUUUCUAUUUGUUUUUCUACAUUUGUUAACAUAUAUACUACAACUAAAUCCUUGGACUAAAUUUAAUUUUCCUUAUUGGUCACUACCAGUGCUUCAGAAUUAUUGGAUUUAUUUCUACUAAUGAAUAUCCUUGAUUUAUUAAUACAAAAAUGGAAAUAUUUAGUUUGAAAAAAAAAUGUUGAAAAUAAUAGUUAUUUAACAUUCAUUCUUCGAACGCUAGAAGUCUGAAUAUAAAUUUAGUAAUAAGCCUUACUAAUAUCAAAAGUACUGUAUUUUCUUUGGCUGUUGCCUGUGCAGAUGGCUUUAGUAAUCUGCCAGAUUUAUUAGCAGGUUUCUUUUCAUUUAAUGGUACAUCUGAUGUGGCUACAACAUCAGAUGGAAUUUAAACACCUGGAGUUUUUGGAUUUGGAAAACCUUUUUUGUGCUGCCUAGAUUAUAUAAUAUUAGUCAGGCUUAUUACUGUUCUUUGUGAUAUAGCCAUAUGAGUAUAAAUGAUAAAUUUGCAGAGGGUUAGUAAGGCAGCUCUAUUCAAUGCAAAGGAAGAAAAAUAAAAUCACUACUGUUCAAAUGUG